AUGUCCAAAGACGCCACGACGAAGAACCCAACCGGGGCGGGUUCCCCUCAGAAAACUUAUCUUCUCCUCUACAACACGGCGAUGGCGGCGGGCUGGGCGACGGUGUUAGGGCGCGCCGCGAUCCACCUCCUCCGUGGCGGCCCUUCCACCACCGUCUACGACGCCGUGGCGGUCCCUCUGGUGCUCUUCCAAACGGGCGCGGCGGCCGAGGUCGUGCACGCGAUGAUCGGCCUCGUGCGGAGCCCCGUGGGGACGACGCUGCUUCAGCUGCUUUCCCGUCUCCUCGUCCUUUACGGGGCGGUGCGCAUCGGGGAGACGCCCGCGCGACGCGAUCCUGCCUUUCUUCAAAUGCUCAUCGCCUGGGCGCUGAGCGAGGUGAUUCGAUACACCUUCUACGGCGCGAACCUCUUAGGAAAGGCAACGGGGUGGCUGACGUGGUUGCGGUACUCCGCGUUUAUGCUGCUCUACCCGCUCGGCAUCAGCGGCGAGGCGAUGUGUUUGUACAAGGCGAUGGACUUUAUACGGGAAAACAAGCCGUGGACGGUGGAGCUGCCGAAUAAGAUGAACUUCACCUUCUCUUGGUAUAAUGGAGUGUGGGUUCUUCUCGGGAUCUAUCCCAUCGGCAGCUAUGUGAUGUACACCUAUAUGCUCUCACAGCGGCGAAAGGUGUUGGGAAAGAAUGCCGCGGCCGCAAAGGCGAAGGCGGAAUAA